AUGGCAGCAGGAGUGGCGGCAUGGCUUCCCUUUGCCCGGGCAGCGGCUAUUGGCUGGAUGCCUGUGGCUAAUCUACCCAUGCCAGUGGCGCCAACUGAAAAGAACAAGCGUCAGGAUGAGUUAAUCAUUCUAAAUGUUAGCGGACGGCGUUUCCAAACCUGGAGGAACACUUUGGAUCGCUACCCGGACACUCUACUAGGGAGCUCUGAGAAGGAGUUCUUCUACAAUGAAGAGACAAAAGAGUACUUCUUCGAUCGGGAUCCAGAUGUGUUUCGCAGCGUUCUUAACUUCUAUCGUACAGGCAAGCUUCACUACCCUCGCUAUGAGUGCAUCUCCUCCUAUGAUGAAGAACUGGCUUUCUUUGGUAUCGUCCCGGAGAUCAUCGGUGACUGCUGCUAUGAAGAGUACAAGGAUAGAAAGAGGGAGAAUGCAGAGCGUUUGAUGGAUGACCAAGAAGACAACAAGGAUGCAAAGCUGCCAAACAUGACCUUCAGGGAGACCAUGUGGCGGGCUUUUGAGAACCCUCACACUUCCACCAUGGCUUUAGUCUUCUACUACGUCACUGGCUUCUUCAUCGCAGUCUCUGUCAUCACCAACGUGGUUGAGACAGUGCCCUGCGGCUCUUCUUUUAAUAAAAAGGAAGUGCCAUGCGGCGAGCGCUACACUGUGGCCUUCUUCUGCAUGGACACAGCAUGCGUCAUGAUCUUCACCGUGGAAUACCUGAUGCGCUUAUUUGCUGCACCAAGCCGCUACCGCUUCAUGAGGUCUGUCAUGAGCAUUAUUGAUGUGGUGGCCAUCUUGCCCUACUACAUUGGCCUGGUGAUGACUGAUAACGAGGACGUCAGUGGCGCCUUUGUGACGCUCCGAGUUUUCCGAGUGUUUCGCAUCUUUAAGUUCUCCCGACACUCGCAGGGCCUUCGCAUUCUGGGUUACACGCUAAAGAGCUGUGCCUCAGAGCUGGGAUUCCUGCUCUUCUCCCUCACUAUGGCCAUAAUUAUAUUUGCUACUGUCAUGUUCUACGCAGAAAAGGGUUCAAGCUCCAGUAAAUUCACCAGCAUCCCAGCUUCCUUCUGGUACACCAUCGUUACUAUGACAACACUUGGGUAUGGAGAUAUGGUCCCGAAAACAAUUGCAGGGAAGAUCUUUGGUUCAAUCUGCUCUCUAAGUGGGGUGCUGGUAAUCGCCCUGCCCGUUCCUGUCAUCGUGUCGAACUUUAGCCGCAUCUAUCACCAGAACCAGAGAGCAGACAAACGGCGGGCGCAGAAGAAAGCUCGCUUGGCCAGGAUCCGAAUUUCCAAGACGGGAAGCUCCAGUGCCUUCCUCCACAGCAAGCGCAACGGCCUGUUUAAUGAAGCCUUGGAGCUUACGGGCUCUACAGAGGAGGAACAACGGUUAAGUAAGUCUACCUCUCUAUUGGAGAGCCAACACCAUCACCUGCUGACUUGCUUGGAGAAAACCACUAACCAUGAGUUUGUGGAUGAGCAGUAUUACCAACAAAGCUACCUGGAGGCAGGACUUCAGCAUUACCCGUCUCGUAGCCCGUCCCUCUCCAGCCAAGAAGGUGUCACGGGCACUUGCUGCACCCGCAGAAGCAAGAAGCACCACAGUCCUUUACCCAAUUCCAGUGAGCCGGCACACAUGCAGCCAUUAACGCAUGCACACCAACAAGGCUUGCAAGAGCUCAGCACCAUCCACAUUCAGCCACUCAGCACCAGCCGCUCCAGUUUGAACAUGCGCAUGGAUGAGCCGACACCACUCAACUGCCAGGGUAGCCAAAUCACCACAGCGAUCAUCAGCAUUCCAACACCACCUGUGACGACCCCCGAGGGCGACUCCCGUCUCCCGGCUGCCCCCUCUCACCAGAACGUUGUGAAGGUGUCCGCACUGUGA